AUGCCAGAGGGAUACUUGCAUGAAACUGUCAACCACAGUCUCCAAUCUAUUCAUCCUGAGACCAGUGCUUACACAAACAGCAUUGAAUCUUUAUGGCAGAAAUUUAAGGAGGGGCACAAAUCGCGUUACGGGACGGAAAGGGCACUGUUGAAUUUGUACAUGAACGAAUUCAUAUGGAAAAAAAUUUAUGAAGGCAAUACGCUGUACCACCUCUGGUCUCAAAUAGCCAAACGCUAUACACCGCCACCAGGUUCCGUCUAA